AUGAGUUCUCGUCAGGCUUCUUAUAAGCAAUCGAUCUCACUCGAUCAUCAUCUCAAUCAAGCCAAGCGUCGGCUCGAUGCUCUUCGUGAUCAAAGAGCCCGGCGUUCGGAUACUCUGGAUCGGAUACGCGGCAUUGAAGACCUUGUUUUGUCUAGUGAUUCGGAAGAACAAGACGAGCGCUUUCAAGAUGCCGAUGAAAGUCAAAUCGACUUUUCUACCAGCUCUAACUUGAUCAAUCAGCCAUGCUCAGGAAUGUGUCCCUCUCAGCAUGAUCUCACAACUGCCUCGAAAACCGAAACUAGGAAGUAUCGUCGAUUCAAAAACAGGUGCAUGCGUGCUGAGCUUCUCGAUCUAUGUAACGGUUUGCCAGACGGAUUCGAAGAGGACUGGCUGAUGGUGGGACCUGUCCCAAAAGGCCAACGAUGCUUGGUUCUUACCUCUCAGUUCUCUUCUUCAAGCAAAUCAUGUGGCCCAGGUAAACGAUUGAACACGUUGAUUUUAUCGCGUACGAAGGCUCACGUCUUAGGCUAUUUCCAAACCGUCGUUCCAUUGGGAUGUAUACUGGAUUGUAUCUAUAGUGAGGACACCAGGGUACUAUGGGUACUUGAUGUUUUAAAGUGGAAAGAUCAAUCUUUCAUCGACUGCGAAUCUGAUUUUCGGUUUUAUUGGAGAGAUACGAGGCUUCAAGAGUUGGAAAUUCAGUCACUUUCGAGCCCGAAUCGCUUGCUCGUAGUUCCUGUGCCCUACGUUGCAACAUGCUCGAAGACUGGCACGUUGGACCUAACAAGCGCACUUCUCGCCAAUAACAAGGAAACAACUACGGUCACAGUUUGGUCUUCAAUCGAUGAUUCAUUGAAGAAGGUUGAGAUCCCUCAUGAAGCUGAUGGAUUACUGCUAUGCAUCAAAUCUGCUACAUAUGAGUCUGGGGAUACUGUCUUGGCUGGGUGGGUACCAUUGCUACCAAACGAGUCUGAGCAAGAAAAUGAAGUCGGUGUUGGAAGAUUAAACGCUCACUGA